GGUGGUGAUCACCUUCUCUCACCCCGCAUUUGUUUCACGUGAAACGUGUGCGUACAUUUAAAGCACCGCUGAAAUGUCACGUAACUGUUUUACGUUCGCGUGUUAAUAAUGCAUCCGAGGGACACGUGUGCAAAAUAAUGUGAAACGUGCCGAGAUUCGUGUACAAGUGUUCGAAAAAUUUUUCCAGAGGGUGGACGUUAAAACUCACUGAUUCUUACGUGCGUUAUCCUUCUUUACAUUCUUUCGAGAUAAAUAAGUAACACAUCCGCGGAACGUUCUAUGUUACGAUUCGGAAUACAACCGACGAAGUGUUGCGCGAAAGCUGCUAGAGGAACAGAGGGUGUAAUUUCCGGAAAGGCGAAGAAUAUAGAGAGUGUUGGGCCAUAUGCCGCCAGCCGGGCUAUCGGCAAGAGGCUUGUCUACCUUGAUGGACCACGGACAACCGGAUGCUCGUCAUCGGAGCGAGCGGUUUUUACUUCAUCCAGAGAAUGGCUCCUCUAAUUCUCAUAGUUCUAACGCAUCCAACUCAUCACCACGAUAUCAACAUAAUAAUAGAACAAAUAAUCAUUCCACAAGUUACGCAUAUUUGUAUGGACGUACAUCUAGCAACAAUAUGUCUGAUAGCAGUGUUUCUGACACGCAUAGUGGUGGCACAGCAAGAACUGUUUCUCAACAGACUAGUCCUUCUCAUGGUACACAUUCCUCUUCCCAAUCAAGGCAGGACAAUAGUUCAACAAUUUUCACAGCAUUGUAUGAUUAUGUUGCCCAAGGGGAGGAUGAAUUAUCCUUACAAAGGGGCGAAACAGUCGAGGUUCUGUCUAAAGAUUCAAAAAUCUCGGGUGACGAGGGAUGGUGGACUGGAAAAAUUCAUGGGAAAGUGGGAAUUUUUCCAGCCAAUUUUGUCGCAGAAGCGAAGAGUAUUGAUAGAGUCUCAUCGGUGAUUGACAAGGUUCAACCUGUUGAAAUUGAUUUUGAGGAGCUGCAGUUACAAGAAGUGAUAGGGGUUGGUGGAUUUGGGAAAGUUUAUAGAGGAUUCUGGCAAGAUCAUGAAGUAGCAGUUAAAGCAGCCCGCCAAGAUCCAGACGAAGAUCCGAGUGUUACAUUAGAAAAUGUUCAACAAGAAGCAAAAUUAUUUUGGUUACUGAAACACGAGAACAUUGUGCAGUUAGAAGGAGUUUGUUUAAAAAUGCCAAAUAUGUGUCUCGUGAUGGAGUAUGCUCGAGGGGGUAGUUUGAACAGGGUUCUUAGUGGUAGAAAAAUCAGGCCUGAUGUACUUGUUGAUUGGGCAAUACAAAUUGCCCGUGGCAUGGACUACCUUCAUAAUAAAGCUCCUAUAAGUCUUAUUCACAGGGACCUAAAAAGCUCUAAUGUACUACUAAGCGAGCCUAUAGAAAACGAUGAUCUACAGUAUAAGACAUUGAAAAUAACUGAUUUUGGAUUGGCAAGGGAAGUUUAUAAGACAACUCGCAUGUCAGCAGCAGGCACAUAUGCUUGGAUGGCACCAGAGGUUAUUAAAAAGAGUACUUUCAGUAAAGCCAGUGAUGUUUGGAGUUAUGGCGUUCUUUUAUGGGAACUUUUAACUGGCGAAACACCUUAUAAAGGAAUAGAUGCUUUGGCAGUAGCGUAUGGUGUUGCAGUAAAUAAACUCACAUUGCCUAUUCCAUCAACUUGUCCUCAACCUUGGAGGUUUUUAAUGGAAGCUUGCUGGUCAUCGGACAGUCAUUCAAGGCCAGGAUUUGUUGCAAUCCUCGUAGCAUUGGAUGAAGUGCGUAGCGCAUUCGCGGCAACGCCGCACGAGUCAUUUCAUACGAUGCAAGAAGACUGGAGACUUGAAAUUGAACAAGUUCUUCAUGGAUUGCGCAUGAAGGAAAAGGAAUUGCGCUGCAGGGAGGAAGAAUUGACAAAAGCACAGGUGCAACAACGACAACACGAAGAAAAUUUGAGGCAACGUGAACAAGAGUUAGCUGCUCGAGAGAUAGACUUAUUAGAACGUGAACUCACUGUAAUGAUAAUUCAACAACAAAAUACUCCUACACCAAACAAAAGACGCGGAAAGUUCAAGAAAUCGAGAUUAAAAUUAAAUAAGAAGGAGCCUGGAAGUAACAUUAGCGCUCCUUCUGAUUUCCGUCACACGAUAACUGUUCAGCAUACAGCUUUGGACAGAGGAAAAGUGCGAAAUCCAUCGAGACCUAAUAGUCCACCUGGUUCCCCUAGUAUUCCAAGACUUCGGGCAAUUGCAUUACCGGCAGACGGAGUAAAGGGUAAGACAUGGGGACCAUCGACACUCCACCAACGCGAGCGCGGGGCUAUUAUCACACAGCCGCCAAAUCCUGCAUCACCAGGUGGCAAGCGGUGGUCUCGUUCUGCUCCAGAUCUCGAAAAGACACCCCUGCGUACAGCCCUGUUGGCAAGCGCGCAUCGCUCCCCGCUUCUUCAAGAAAUAGGCCUUUCUGAGGAAAGCAUCUAUCCCACUCAUUAUACAGCUUUACCGCCCGAUCUUUCAACUGACUGGGUAACAUCGGAUUAUCCCUUGAAGCCUGGAUUGACCGGACCUUACAUCAUGCCAAUGCCUGUUCCGAUGCCAACUCUCUACAACGGAGAAAUGAAGAAACCAAAGUUAAGCAUAAUAGAACUGGUUUUGUACAAUAUCGCAGCUAUGCUGGCCGGAGUAGCCACUGGAUACGAUGUAAGAAUGUCAAACAUAUCUCCCAUUCAUCCAAGAUUGUAUCCACGACUCGGUGACUGCGAAGACGAACCUCCACGAUGGUGGUUCCAAGCAGACACUGGGUCAAAUCGUAAUUCUGGUUAUCUUGGACCUGAUUAUGAGUUUAGUUCAAGUAGCGGUUAUCCCCAUAAUACGUACCAUGGACCAGCUAGACAUUACAGGCCAUUCUUAAGUAACAUGGGUGGCAUAGCGCCUGGUCUUCCACCCAGUGUGAUGCCCGAUAAGCCUUUGAGAUUCACGGAUUCACCUCAGCAUUACGCGAGCAGCACGGCUGGCUCUAAUGCACCAACACCAAGUCCCAGAAGAAAGAGCAGUAGUACUAGUAACGAGGAUGUAUUCACGCACGACGCAGGAAGAGUAGAUCGAAUGGAGAGAGUACCAACCAUAUACAUGGGCAAUGUUGCCCCGUUCCCGGAUUAUGGACCUCCAGUGUAUACAGUUGUUCCACCCGAAUAUUAUAGACCACCGGAACCAACGUAUUUUGUACCGACGGAUUAUCACGACAGAAUGCUCGAGUGCCCUGAAUUUCCACACGCGUAUGACAAUCCGAGCAGCAUAAAUAGUCCAGCUCGGCCAGUAUCCAGACUUCCUCCGUAUACCCAUCAUCGUACUUCGUCGAACGUUUCGAACGCUAGCACAUCCAGUCAGAGUAAUGUAAAUCCAACGUUUCGUUUAGAAGAUGAGGAUGAUUAUUCUCUGUACUCGCCUGGACAUUAUUAUCAACGACCUGCGAACGUAGGAACGUAUAGUCCUAGUAUGCUUAAUCACGAAUACGGGUCGCAAAUACUUACGCGUCAGAAUUCGCAUGAUUCGAAUUCGAAUUCGGGCGAACGGCCAAGCAAUCUAGAGGUAGUCAGCCGAUUACGGUCGAGUUUAAAACGAUCCAAUUACACAUACAAUUCCCCGAACAAAAGCGUGAGCAAAAACAAUUCCGGUUCCGGUACGCCGACAAAUCCGACUCCUCCGGAUUCUCUGACGUCCGAGGACUCGAGCUACGUUUCGGCUAAGGACAGUCAAAUUUCUAUAAGUAGGGUUAGAUUUUCUCCAGUGACCUUUGAUCGGGAUGGGAUCUCACGGGAACAGAGAGAAACAUUACUUGAUAUUCCGGUACACGGACAGAACCAGGAUGUUACUGUGCCGUUACAAGCUAAUCGUCGAUUGAACAGAAGUAGAAAACCAAGUAUUUCUGAAUUAGAGAGAGAAUUUUUGUCAUAGCAUUGGCUUAUUUAAAGGAACAAGAUGAUAUAGAUUAUUAA